AUGCUGUAUAAUUCCUUCUGGGACGUUAGAGGAGAACAUAAUGGAUCUUGGAUAUGGAGGAAACUCCUGAAACUAAGAGAUUUGGCCUAUGAGUUUGUUAGAUUUGAUAUCAGGGAUGGUACAACUGCUUACUUCUGGGUUGACAAUUGGCUUGGAAUUGGGAAGUUGAUUAAUGUUACAGGAGCGGUUGGCACCACAUAUCUGGGUAUAUCACGACAUGCCAAAGUCAGUGACGCAGCAAGGGGCAAUACGUGGAACAUUCGAGGACGUAGAAGUCGGCGGUACCGGGAGGUUUAUGACCACAUCUUAGCUGCGGCUCCCCCUUCCCCUGGUACAGGUACCGAUAUUAUAUUAUGGAAGCAUGGGGUUGAUGAUUACAGGACCACGUUUUCAGCAGCUAGGACUUGGGAUCAACUACGGGAAAGGAAAAGUAACGUUGAGUGGUGUAAAGUGGUUUGGUUCGCACAGGGGGUUCCUAGAUUCUCCUUCGUAACAUGGCUAUCAAUAAGGAACAGGCUAUCAACGGGAGAUCGUAUGCGAACAUGGGGUAUUACUCAGGUUUGUGGCUUCUGUGGAGAGAGAAAUGAAACAAGAGAUCACCUGUUCUUCGCCUGCCCAUACUCUUACACGACUUGGGAAUCUUUAGCAAAACCACUUGUUGGACGGAACAUCAACCCCGAUUGGGAAUGGACUGUCAAUCGGAUACGAACUAUGGGAGGAAAAAGCCUCGACUCAAUCCUCGCAAGGAUGCUUUUUCAAACAGCUGUGUACUACAUCUGGAAGGAAAGAAAUUCAAGGCGUCACCACCAACGAGUGACUCAGACGGAUCAAUUAAGAAGAUUCAUAGACAAGGCAGUUCGAAACCGCAUCUGCUCUUUGCGAUACACUCAUGGCCACAAAUUGGAAGGGUUACUAAGAAGAUGGUUUCAAGUUACUCUUUAG